AUGCCUGCCGUCAAACAACAUGAGCUUGUCGACCGCGACACCACUGCCGAGAUCAUAGACAUCCGCAGUGAUGCCGUGGAAAUCGACCUCAAAAAUGAGGUCAAGGCCAUGCUUGGUCCCAAGGAAGGACCCCGCAUGCUCCCGACAUUGCUCCUGUAUGACGAAAAGGGACUCCAGCUCUUUGAGGAUGUAUGCCCACACUUGGUCCCUGGCCAUGGCCAAAUGCCGUUCCAAUUUGCCCAGAUGAUGGAGAGAGGAGAAGACUUAUAAAAAAACCCCUUAGAUUACCUACCUCGACGAGUACUACUUGACAAACUAUGAGAUCGACGUCCUGAAGACCUCUGCCACCGACAUGGCGAGCAACGUCCCAUCGGGUGCCAUUGUGGUCGAGCUGGGUAGUGGGUUAGUUUUCUUUCUCGCCCGCAACGCACCUGAUCGUUCUUUUUCCUUUCCUUUCCUUUCUUUCCUGUCCUGCCUGCGAAGCUUUGAUAAUGUGUUUGUUUCUCCCUAACCGCCGUUUGUGUGCAUAAAAGAAACCUGCGAAAGAUCCGGCUCCUUCUGCAAGCGUUUGAGGACGCCGGUAAGGUCAUUGACUACUAUGCGCUCGACCUUGACCACCGCGAGCUGGAGCGCACCUUGUCCCAGCUCCCUGCUUUCCAGAACGUCACAUGCCGCGGCCUGCACGGGACGUACGAUGACGGAAGGGACUGGCUGGCUACUCUGAAGGACCGCCCCAAGUGUGUCCUUCACAUGGGAUCGAGCAUUGGUGGGAAUCCCUUUGUUUCACAGACCCCAGCCCACUUGAGCGGUUAACUUACAGAGAUGAUUUAAACAGGAAACUUCCAUCGUGAUGACGCUGCCAAGUUCUUGGAGGGGUUCGGACGGAUCAUGGGAUCGGGAGAUUGCAUGUUUGUCGGCGUGGACUCGUGCAUCCGCCCUGACAAAGUAUAGUAUGUGACUCUUCUUCCUCAAAUUGAGUGGGUGGUACUGACGUUGCACAAAGCCAUGCGUACAACGGUAAGAGUUAUCAGAUGGAAAAUCAGUUCGUUUUGUCAUAAGCUCACAGAGAUUCAUUUGCCAGAUCACAAGGGCAUCACACAUCAGUAUGUGGUGCAUUCGCAAUUCCCUGAGUACACACGUUCUAACCUUAUACUCCAGGUUCAUUCUUAACGGGCUUGAGAACGCCAACACUCUCUUUGGAUAUGAAGUAUUCCGCAUCCCUGACUGGAAGGUGAUCGGCGAGUACGUCUAUGACGAAGAUGGCGGGCGCCACCAGGCGUUUGUAGCACCCAUCCGUGAAACGGUGGUGCUCGGCCAGCAGAUCAAGGCUUUUGAGCGCAUCAAGAUCGAGCAGAGUUUGAAAUACAGCUCUUCCGGUAGCAUCAAGCUCUGGAAAGCCGCAGGUCUUGUCGAGGCGCACCGCUGGACUCUUGGUGAUGAAUACGGUAUGAUAACCUCGAGAUCCCUUCCAACUCGAUCACAACGGACUCGAAACUAAUGAUGAUCUCUUAGGUAUUCACAUGCUCCGCAAGGAAUCCCUUGAUUUCCCUCUACACCCGUCCCUGUACGCCGCACACGCCCUCCCCUCGGUCCACGACUGGACCGCCCUGUGGGCCGCGUGGGAGAUCGUCACCCGCCGCAUGCUCCCGGACCAGGACCUGCACGAGAAGCCCAUCAAGCUCCGCAACGCCUGCGUCUUUUACCUUGGACACAUCCCCACCUUCCUGGACAUCCAGCUCACCAAGACCACCGGCACGGCGCCCACCGAUCCCGCGUCCUACUACACCAUCUUUGAGCGGGGCGUCGACCCGGACGUCGACAACCCGGAGCUCUGCCACCAGCACUCCGAGAUCCCCAGCGAGUGGCCCCAGGUCCAGGACAUCCUCGCCUACCAAGAGCGCGUCCGGGCCCGGCUCAUCUCCCUUUACAAGAAUGGAGAGGAGAACAUCGUCAGGGGCGUGGGGCGCGCCAUCUGGCUGGGCUUCGAGCACGAGAUCAUGCACAUUGAGACGCUGCUGUACAUGAUGCUGCAGAGCUCCAAGACGCUGCCCCCGCCGCAUCGAGAGCACCCCAACUUUGAGAAGCUCGCUGAGGCGGCGGUCAAGGCUAGAGUUGAGAAUGAAUGGUUUGACGUUCCCUCACAGGCAAUCACCAUCGGUCUGGACGACCCCGAGGAGGGAACUGACCACGAAGUACACUAUGGUUGGUAAGUUGACACAACAAUGCCUAACUAUUUCAGAUAGAAGAAAUAACUAACACUGUCGGAAGGGACAAUGAGAAGCCCGCUCGAGAGGAGACUGUCCAUGCCUUCCAGGCAAAAGGUCGUCCCAUCACUAAUGAAGAGGUGCCCACUGGUCCAUUCCACAUCUUAGUUUUUGCCAAUGCUAACAAGAACCAGUACGCCAAGUAUAUGAUUGCCUCAAAGCUUGAACAAGCCCCCGCCUCUUGGUUCGUCCCCGAGGCCCGGCCCAUCACCCCGGACGAGCCAUUCGAGUCCUUCCUCGAGGGCAAGUUCGUCCGCACCGUCUACGGCCCCGUCCCGCUCAACCUCGCCCUCGACUGGCCCGUCUUCGCCUCCUACGACGAGCUCGCCCCCUGCGCCGCCUGGAUGGGCGGCCGCAUCCCCACCUUUGAGGAGGCGAGGAGCAUCUACGCCUACGCGGACAGACUGAAGAAGGACCUCCUCAAGAGCAAGCUCGCCAACAAGGUCCCCGCCGUCAAUGGGUUCGUAACCCCCCUCCUUUCCCCUUUCCUUAACAUAUAUAGAAGCUAACUUCCUUUUCCAGUCAUCUCGUCAACGACGGCGUCCAGGAGACCCCGCCACCCUCCCCCCCUCUCUCCCUCGACGACGACGAGGCCAAGCGCCCGUCCUCCGCCGUCGAGAACCCCCUCUUCGCCGACCUCAACUCCUGCAACGUCGGCUUCCGCAACUGGCACCCCACCCCCGUCACCCCCCACGGCGCCCGCCUCGCCGGCCAGUCCGAUCUCGGCGGCGUCUGGGAGUGGACGAGCACCACCCUGAGCCCCCAGCCCGGGUUUGAGCCCACGUCCCUGUACCCCUUGUACACGGCCGACUUCUUCGACGGGCGCCACAACGUCGUCCUCGGCGGGUCGUGGGCCACGCACCCGCGCAUCGCCGGGAGGAAGAGCUUCGUUAA